UCGGAACCGGGAAAUGAUUUGUACAACAUGGAAGAAGGGAAAACAAAAAGUUCAGAGAAAACAACGAUAAAGGAAUAACUAACUUGUUGGGGGUUUUUUUACACAGAGUGAACACAUAUACAUAUUAACUACAUGGGAUGGCGGCUGUGUCCUCAAGGGGGAGCUGGAAUGACGUCUAUUAAUGCCCCGUAAAGCCUCAAAGACAGAGAAGCCUGCUCUGCUCUUCCUGGAGCGGCCUGUGGGUGGCGCCAGACUCCAAAAUGUCCCGGAAGUCCGAGCAGCACUCAAUCCCAAGGAGUUUUUCACAGAGACACAGGCACACAGCAGCUCAACUCUCAAUUCUUGGGUUAACCCACAAUUUGACACUUCGGUUGCCGCAGCGGCUCCGUUGAGACGAGGGAGGAGAAAAUGCCAGUCCGCCACAACGAGCAUCCUCGAUCGUUGCAGCCAGCUGUCCAGGAAAAACAGUGUGUGCAAAUUCCCCUCACUAUCCUUCCAGACAAGGUCAAGGGACCAGUCUCAUCAACCGAAGAGCGUGCGCACGGCGAGGAAAGCCGCAGAGUCGACUGUUGUGUCUGGAAAUCAACCGCGUGGAUCGUGCCAAAUCAAAAAGGCAGUUUCAUGUGCGCAGAAAUUAGACACACCAAGGAGACAGUCGGCCUCAUUCAGAAUAAGGAAAGCAGAGAGAUCUUCGGACGUUGCCGCCUCCUCCAGCAGAUGUGUGGACCGAGCUGAGACUCCAUCUAUUGGAGGAGAGACACUCAGAGUCCGAGCAGACGGUGCCUCGACACCUGCCUCCAGCGAGUUCAGCGACAUCGGUCUAGCACCCGAUGUGGACACUCCUAAUCUAAUACAGGAGGGGAGUAGUUGCCCCUCGUCCCCCUCUGUACAUUUGCUACUGGCUCGAUCGUGUACACCGCCAUGCAAUCAGCCUCCUGACAUUUUGGUGGCUGACACGCCGGAGAGGGAUUAUGGGGUGAAGGUGACAUGGAGGAAGAGGAAGGGUCUGAUGUCGAUGCUAAAGGAGCGGGGCCUUCUCUCUGAUUCAGAUGUCCUAAUUCAGAGUUGAUGUUGACGUUUGGGAAGAAGCAGAUUAGGCAAUUAUGUCAACACGAAAGACAUUAUUCACCAGACCUGGAUCAGAAUUCUGUAUAAGAAUGAUUUUAUUUUACUGAAUGGAGCUUCUGCAUUGUAAGAUGAUUAUUAUUAUUUCAGUUCACUGACUGUUUACUUUCUUUUUAGAUAGGAUGUAGUGAAAUAACUGUCUCACCCAUCCUGUCUGCACAGCUCUCGUAGAUUGAAAGAAACCCGAUUCAAAUACUGAAUAAAUCCAAAUGACAGUUUAA